AUGCUUGCACAAAUCAAGAGUAUUUUUAAGCAGAAAAAGACCUAUCCUACCAAAGAUUUGACUGCGGAAGAGAAGCAAAAGAACAAAGAUGUGGCAGCUCGCCUUGUCCAAGAGGAGAAGCAGCGCAAGACUGUAUUGCCUCAAUACCCCGGUUUAGAACGCUUUGAAAUGAUUGAAAAGAUUGGCGAGGGCGCAUUUUCUUUUGUAUUCAAAGCAAGAGAUACUGCUACCGAUAAGGAAGUUGCCAUCAAGGUGGUUCGAAAGAGAGAAUUAGACGCAUCAGAGCAUGGUCAAAGCCAUUUGCAUCCCAACAUGAAGAAAAAGACAAAGGCUACAGAGAGAGCAAAUAUCCUCAAAGAAGUACAGAUUAUGCGCAACAUGCAACACCAAAACAUUGUUCGACUUGUUCAGUUCUCGGAAUCAGAUGAUUACUACUUUUUAGUGCUGGAAUUAUGUAAAGGUGGUGAACUCUUUCACAGAAUUGUUCAAUUGACCUACUUUAGCGAGGAUCUUGCCAGACAUGUCAUUGUGCAAGUAGCUGAGGGUAUUCGCUAUCUUCAUGAAGAGUGUGGUGUUGUUCAUCGUGACAUCAAGCCUGAAAACAUCCUCUUUGAACCUAUUCCCAUUAUCAAAAGAGACAAUGUCGAAAAUCCAUUUGGCGAUGAAGAUAAAGAAGACGAAGGUGUAUUUGAGGAAGGUGUUGGUGGCGGCGGCAUUGGUGUUGUAAAGCUCGCUGAUUUCGGUCUAUCCAAAGUCAUCUGGGACAACUCUACCUUGACUCCUUGUGGUACAGUUGGAUACACUGCUCCUGAAAUCGUCAGAGAUCAAAAAUACUCCAAAUCAGUCGACAUGUGGGCCAUUGGCUGUGUCCUCUACACCAUCCUCUGUGGUUUUCCUCCAUUCUAUGAUGAAUCGAUCCGUGCUCUUACUCACAAAGUAGCUCGUGGUGAAUACACUUUUCUCAGCCCUUGGUGGGAUCCCAUCUCUGACUCUGCCAAAGACUUGAUUAAAAACCUACUGACUGUGGAUCCUGAGAAGCGCUAUACCAUCGAGGAGUUCUUUAAGCAUCCUUGGGUCACUAAAUCUCAGUUCCCUCCUCCUGCUCCUGUCGAUGACGAGUUGCUUGCCAAACCCAUGGUCGAAAAGAAGUUCAAGUCAAAUGAUCCCGUGUCUUUGCGCUGGUAUUCAUCGAUCAUGGAAAUCUGGUCUUAUGUUACAAGUGGGCGGAAGAAGAAGCAUCAGCACAUGCAUCAUAGCUAA